AUGAGCAUCGCGGUCCUGGCGCCUACCUUGACCAAAACAAAGCGCCGCGAACCGCUGGGGACGAUAGGAAUGGCGGCUUCUCAGGCGCAAUCGCGUCCCGCGCCCGCGUCUGGUGGAGCCGGCGGAGGCAAAGGGGAACGACGGACUACACGCAAUAGCGCGAGUAAACAGGGGCUAGAGGAGUUCACGAACGAGGGUAAACGCAAAGCUGGUAUGUGUUACAAUACGGACAAUGGGAGUUUGAGUAUUAUGAACCGAGUAUUGACCCCCCUUUCUAUUGUGACAGAUUAUGUGGAGGACGCAGACGGAUUUCAGUUUUCUAUUGUACCAACCAAAAAGUCUCGGCCAUCGCUCGAAGCCGUUCCCGAAGUUUCUCAUUCAGAUGUGGAAAAUGCGCCUCCAAAGUCAACACCGCGCAGAGGACGACCUCCGAAGAAGCGAACCGUGGAGAAUGCAGGUGCAGGCGUGGUGCCGGUGAAGGGACAAUCCACCGAACUCCCGACAAGGAAAACCACCAGGGGGGCAGUGAACGCGGCAGACGCCGAGCAAGAACCUCAACAAGAGAAUGCGACACGCUCAUCACGGACACGUGAACCACUCGAAGAUCAACCUAAGAAACAGCGCAAGAGGGGGCGACCCUCAAAACCUAAACCUGCUGAACAGAACGGUUUCAAGUCUCCUGACCCACCACCUGCUGGUACCAAAAUUGCUCUACCAUUGGCCGACACUCCAGUCAUUCAGCGGAAUAAGGAGCUGAGAGGGGAUAAAUCGGGCAAGGGCCGGCGGCGAAGCAGCUUGGAUCUGCGGGGCCGGAGAGCCAGUGACUUGAUUGACUCGGGUGCUUCUAACGCAUUACCUCAUCGAGAGGUCAGCACGGCUGAUUUCUAUAAACACAUCGCAGACGGGGGUCUUCCUGAGCCGCGCAGGAUGCGACAGCUUUUAGUCUGGUGUGCAACACGUGCGCUAGGAGAUAAGCGCUCCGGCUCUCACUCUGACGAUCAGAGUGCGCGAUUAGCAGCCCGUUGGAUCCAAGACGAGUUACUCAAAGACUUCUCGACGAACUCGGAGCUUUCAAAUUGGUUUGGCCGUGAAGACGUGAACCCCCCAACAGUUGUUGUUAAGAAGCCGAAUCCGAGGAACGUGCAAAAUGCGGAAAAAAUCAAGGACCUAGAAGAGCAAAUACAAAGGCUUCGAAAGGAGGGACAUGCUCUCAAUGCACUUUCUCUAAAACCCCCUAUGCGCCGCAUCGGUUUAAAGAUCCCUGAUCCCUCUGAUCAACCAACAUCAGAACAACAUCCCUAUCAUAACUCUUAUCAGAUCGACCCCUCUCUUCUCGACCCCUCACAACAAUCUAUACUCGCAUCAUUGAAACCUCCACAAAACCCCCGAUCUCAACCAGAAGAGGCAUCUUCAUCUACAAUCCGAACACCAAUGUCUCCAUCGGCCGUCUCUUCCCGUCUUUCCCGCAUUACCACUGGUCUUGCGCCAACACUGGAUAACUUUGCGGCCGGUAUUCAUGAUAUCGAGAUGUAUAGGACGACCGCAGACGCAGUCUCGUCUCGUAUCCUGCGCACAUGUGCACAGCGUCUCGAAGAGCGUGACGCGUUCAACACCCAGCAACGCCUCGCAAUUGAAGGCGGUGAUGACGAGCAGCGGCCAUCGUCUCAACGAGACGAACGGCCCCGGGAAGAUAUCGGCCUUAUCCUGGGGGCACUCAGUCGAGUCGAAAGGCGGUGA